AUGCCCGGCGUCGUAAAAGGACCCAGAACCUUGUACGACAAGGUCUUUCAAGACCACAUUGUCGACGAGAGAGAUGACGGCACCAUCUUGCUCUACAUCGACAGACAUCUCGUCCACGAAGUCACAUCGCCUCAGGCCUUCGAGGGCCUCAGAAACGCCAGCAGACAAGUCCGAAGACCCGACUGCACUCUUGUCACGACCGACCACAACGUGCCUACGUCAUCAAGGAAAAACUUCAAGAGCGCUGCCACAUUCAUCGAGGAGGAUGACUCGAGGUUACAGUGCACCACCCUCGAGGACAAUGUGAAGGAGUUCAACCUCACCUACUUCGGUAUGGGAGACAAGAGACAGGGAAUUGUUCACAUCAUUGGCCCUGAGCAGGGCUUCACCCUCCCUGGCACCACUGUCGUCUGCGGUGACAGUCACACCUCGACCCACGGUGCUUUCGGUUCGCUCGCCUUCGGCAUCGGUACCAGUGAGGUUGAGCACGUGCUCGCUACCCAGACCCUCAUCACCCAGCGCAGCAAGAACAUGCGUGUGCAGGUCGACGGCCAGCUCGCUCCCGGCGUCAGCAGCAAGGAUAUUGUCCUCUAUGUCAUCGGUCAGAUCGGUACUGCAGGUGGUACCGGAUGUGUUAUCGAGUUCUGUGGUUCUGCUAUCCGCAGUCUCUCCAUGGAAGCCAGGAUGUCCAUUUGCAACAUGUCAAUCGAAGGAGGUGCCAGAGCUGGAAUGAUUGCUCCCGACCAGAUCACCUUUGAUUACCUCAAGGGCAAGCCCCUUGCUCCCAAGGUCGACAGCCCUGAGUGGAAGAAGGCCGUUGCCUACUGGUCCUCAUUGAAGACCGACGAGGGCGCCAAGUUCGACUACGAUAUUUUCAUCGACGCCAAGGAUAUCGCUCCCACUGUCUCCUGGGGUACCUCGCCUCAGGACGUCAUCCCUAUUGACGGUGUUGUUCCUGGUCCCGAUGACUUCCAGGACGAAAACAGAAAGAAGGCCUGCAUCAGAGCCCUUGAGUACAUGGGACUUACUGCUGGCACUCCCAUGGAGGAAGUCGUCUUGGACAAGGUCUUCAUCGGAUCUUGCACCAACGCCCGUAUUGAGGAUCUUCGCACUGCCGCAGGUAUCGUCAAGGGCAAGAAGGUUGCCUCCAACAUCAAGCGCGCCAUGGUCGUCCCUGGUUCUGGUCUUGUCAAGCAGCGCGCCGAGUCCGAGGGUCUCGACCAGAUCUUCGUUGAUGCUGGAUUCGAGUGGAGAGAGGCCGGUUGCUCCAUGUGUCUUGGUAUGAACCCUGACAUCCUCUCGCCCAAGGAGCGUUGUGCCUCUACCUCCAACCGUAACUUCGAGGGCAGACAGGGUGCCCAGGGUCGUACCCACUUGAUGUCUCCCGCCAUGGCCGCCGCUUGUGCCCUCGUUGGCAAGCUAGCCGACGUGCGCAAGCUCGAUGGCUACCAGCAGGUCACCGGCAAGGCUCCUCGUGAGGUUUCUGCUGAGCCCGAGGUAGCUGCACCCGAGAGCGACGCUGACCUUGAGGAGAUCAUGGACCUCGACGAGACCUCUCAGGGCAACACUGUUUCGAGCGGUGCCCCUACCACCUCGACUGGUAUGCCCAAGUUCACUCAGCUCAAGGGUCUUGCCGCUCCUCUCGAUCGCUCGAACGUCGACACCGAUGCCAUCAUCCCCAAGCAGUUCUUGAAGACCAUCAAGCGUUCCGGUCUUGGCUCGGCUUUGUUCAACGACUGGCGCUACAACGAGGACAAGAGCGAGAACUCUGACUUUGUCCUCAACCAGAAGCCUUACCGUGAUGCAAAGAUCCUUGUCGUCCAGGGUCCUAACUUCGGCUGCGGCUCCAGCAGAGAGCACGCUCCCUGGGCACUUCUCGACUUCGGCAUCCUCUGCAUCAUCGCCCCCUCGUUCGGUGACAUCUUCUUCAACAACUGCUUCAAGAACGGCAUGCUUCCCAUCCGUAUUGGUGACGAGAAGGCUCUCAAGGCCAUCUUCGACGAAGCCAGCACCGGCUCAGAGAUCGAGGUCGACCUUGUGAACCAGGAGAUCAAGAAGGCUGACGGAACUGUCCUCUCAUCCUUUGACGUUGAGGAGUUCCGCAAGCACUGUCUCGUCAACGGUCUUGACGACAUUGGUCUUACUAUGCAAAUGGAUGACAAGAUUGUCAAGUUCGAGCGCAGACGUACCGAGGAGACUCCUUGGCUCGACGGAUCCGGCUACCUCAAGCGCGACCGUAAGGGUCCCGUCAAGGUUGAGGCCGCGCCAGUUCCUAAGACCAACCGUGGUGAGGAGAAGACCGAGCCUCUUGAGUGGUAG